ACAUUGACAUCGCAGGUAAUCCCACUGACCUGAAAAUAAUUGUACAUUUUUGUUUACUUCAGUCGAGCAACCCCUUUAAAUUGACGCCACUCCCAUUUCACCCCGCGUUGUCUCGCGGUUAAAAGUGGUUGGUGCUGGUGCUAGGCAACGUGCAGGUUUGUUUCCCUAAUUUAAACCAAUGAAAUCACCGCUAGGUUCGCGUGAUAAGCCAAUCAAAUGUAAGAGUUUUAGUGCCAGUUUCAAAUGCUUUUGUUAUCAGGUCAUGAUAACACGCGUUAUCCCAAUUGUGUAAGUUAGCUGUAUGUAAUUGGACUGUUUUGUUCUUAUUUUUAAAGCCUGUAAGCAAGGCAUAAUUUGAGGCAAGGCUACUUUAAACGUACCAGCUAGUUGGCUAGCCUAAUCUUGAUUAAAACACGUUAAGACCUCAACACUGCAGGAUCACUUGUGGUGUUUCAGUGUUUCCUGAUACAAUGCCGUCUCGAAAGGAUGAUUACGAAGUAUUGUACACUAUAGGCUGUGGAUCAUAUGGAAAAUGUCAGAAAAUUAGGAGAAAAUCCGACGGGAAGAUUCUUGUAUGGAAGGAGCUGGACUAUGGCACCAUGACAGAAACGGAGAAACAAAUGCUUGUGUCGGAGGUGAAUCUCCUUCGCGAGUUAAAGCACCCCAACAUCGUGAGAUACUACGACCGCAUUAUAGAUCGAGCUCACACAACGCUGUACAUAGUCAUGGAGUAUUGCGAAGUAGGAGAUCUCGCCAGCCUCAUAACGAAAUGCGUUAAAGAGAGGAGAUACCUGGAGGAGGAGUUCGUUUUACGUGUUCUGGCGCAGUUGUCUCUGGCACUGAAGGAGUGUCAUGGCAGAAGCUAUGGUGGGAGCACAGUGCUGCAUCGAGACCUAAAGCCUGCAAACAUCUUCCUUGAUGCCAAGCAGAACGUAAAGCUUGGGGACUUUGGCCUAGCACGAAUACUCAAGCAUGACACAAGCUUUGCUAAAACAUUUGUUGGAACUCCAUAUUACAUGUCACCAGAACAAAUGAAUCGCAUGUCAUACAAUGAAAAGUCCGAUAUCUGGUCAUUGGGAUGCUUGCUCUAUGAGCUCUGUGCUUUGUCUCCACCAUUCACCGCAUAUAACCAAAAAGAACUGGCAGAAAAAAUCAAUGAGGGGAAGUUUAGAAGGAUCCCUUAUCGCUAUUCAGAAGAACUGAACACCCUUCUGUCCAGGAUGCUACACCUAAAGGACUACCUUCGGCCCUCUGUGGAGUCCAUCCUGCAGAGCACUUUAAUCUCCCGUCACGUGGCACAAGAGCAGAAGGCAGUUCAGGCGAGGCAGCGGCGGAGGUCAGAUGACCCGGAAAAUCCCCGUCAGGCUGAGGCGGCGUUGAUGGCGGCAGAGCUGCAACUGAAGGAGCAGGCUCUGCGUGAGCGCGAGCAUGCCCUUAAGGAGCGAGAGGAGAGGCUGGAGCAGAAGGAGCAGGAAUUGUGUGCCAGAGAGAGACUAUCAGAGGAGAAAUUGGCCAGAGCAGAGAACUUGCUGAAGACCUGUAAUUUGAUGAGACAGCAGAGGGCGCUGUCUCUGCUCUGUGCAGAUGCUAUAGAUGACAGUGAGAAUCCCUCUCUGGGGAAGAGGAAGGUCCAUUUUGCAGGCGACAGCAAGGAGAAUGUAAGGCCCGAGCAGAGAGCUGGGACAAAACCUCAGGAGCAUGUGCUUCUGAAGAAGCUGCAGGCACCCGGUGUAUGCUCUUCAACCCUGGGACAAGCAGAGAGGAAUAAACCGCUGAAGAGCAGGCAUAUGCAGGGAAUUCGCUAGCGCACCCCAAACCCCACAGCCCCCAACCCCCCCCCCCAAAGCUGCCAGAGCCAGGGCUGGUUCAGGGUACGUCAUCCAGUGUGUCGCCUGGACAAAGCCACUGUGCUCAAAACACUUCUGAAGGACACUGGAGAAUGGCAGCUGUCCGCUUACGUGAGCUUAUGGGGGGUGGGGUCACUUGUGUAUGACACAGGCUGCAGACUGAUUUGUUGCUUUGACGGUGGUGUUUGUCCUUGCAGCCAUGGAUACGUUACAUGACAAAUCACUGUCAAGCCUUGAUAGCUCAGUUUUCUCAGACAGAAAGCCUGGCUCCCUGUCAAGCAAUGUGUAGGUGUAUUGUAUGCUCAACAUCUGUUUUUUGGUUUUGUUUUAGUUUAAAAAACAUGUGUUUUUUGCACUAGUUGUGAUAUUUUCUACUUUAUAGCAAGUGUUUUGAGAAAUACUUGUUGCUGCUUAGAACAUGAUUUUUGACUACAUGCUGGUUAAUUGUAUCAAUGUUAUGUUUGUGAGAGACUACAAGUUGUGUUUUCUUGUGCCUUUGUAAAAAUUAAGACAUGCUGUGAAGUCUUGAAAAGAUAUGUAGAACAAAAAGGAAAAUUUCUGAUUGACCAUCUAUUUUACAUACCAGAUAUUUUACAUAGAUUUAUCAUAUAGGCAGAAGUGUUCUCUUUGUUUCUGUGAUUUUCUAGGUGACCGAAUAAUACCUGUUCUCAAAGUAAAAUAUACUUUUCAAUGAUCAAUAUUUUCAGCAAUGAAAGAAAACAGAUUUUGUAACAAAAGUAAAAGUCAAAAUGACAAAUAAAGAGUCUGUUUAUUACAAAAGGCACAAGACAUCGCUUUUUAAUUUUAUAUAUUUAAAAAUAUUUUUACUAUAAAUGUAAAUAACGCUUUAAUGUGUAAUGUAAUGGUCGAGUGCGUCGCCGUCUGCUCGUGACGUCACGGGCACGUUCAGCAAAAGUGCUCAGAGCAGCGGAUGAGACCUGAGCCACGUCCAGUAUAGAAACGCGUCGUGGGGUUCGUGGCCGUGCGAAGCUUUGCGCACAGUCAUGAAACCGAUGAAACGCUCCCUUACUGAACGAGACACGGGUAAAUGUAACGUGUGUGAAGUAAUGACGUGUGAUGUUACGUUUAACCAUAAAGCCUAUUUGAAUGAUCUGAGUUAUUUGACGCCGUCAGAAAACAUUUUA